GUAUGGGCUUAUUGACAAAGCGUUUCCAGCACAACCAAACGAAUUCCAAUUGGAUCUAAGUAAGCGAGGACACAUGCCUCAUGCUAUCUUUGUAGAGUUUCGGGCAGUUUGAAGGGGCGUCUGUGUAGAAAGCUGUGUUUAUUGACAACACGUUUUCAGCACGGCAACGAAUUCAAUUCCCAAACAAAUUUCCAUUCAAUAAAUUUUUGAACAAAAAAAAAAAAAAAAAAAAAAUUCGCUCUAACCCAAAAAGAAAAGGAUCUUAUCUUUGCUAAACGCAAAAAAAUCGGUUUACAAAAGAUAUAUCACAAUGUUUAUGGACAAGAUGGUGAAGAACGACUCCUUCGAGCCGGAUCUGCGAAAGGAGGGCACCUACAUUUGCCCUUUUCCCCGCCCACCGCCGCCCCCAAAUGCCUUCGACAAGUGGCACAGCCACCUCUCGCCGCACGAGCGUCUCUACUAUCAUCGGACUAUGAGCUCGGUGCGCUAUAGCAAACGUUUUCGCGCCAAUCCGAAUAUUCCAAAGGAUUCGCUGGACUUUCAGCUCCAAGCUCGUUACGAUCACGGCCGUGAAACGUUCCCGGAGAAUAUAGACGUGGUGCUGCAACGUGAUACGUGUCCAGCGUUGACCAGCUGGGCAGCUCCACAUGGACAGAAGGAAGUGGGCUCCAUUUCACGAGUGAACGUGUUUCGUGUGCUGCGCAACACGCGCAUUGUGGCACACAAAAUGGAGGAUACUCUGGGCCAUCCAUUGGUCUUAGGUGGCAUUAAGGAAAAGAUACAUCCAUCGUCAGUCAAGCUUAUAUGCAGUGGCGUCCAUACACAGCUGGUUAACAAUGGAUUCUCGCGACAAACUUCCGAUGGCAAUUUCUUCCGUUAUUAGAGAAAGAGAGAGAGACAGAGACAGAGAAAAGAGAAAGGCGCUCACAAGUUUGCUAGUUUUCAACUGCUGCGUUUCAACUAUUGGCAAAAGAAAAUAUAAUAAAAAUUGACAGAGCAACGAA